AAAUUGAAAAGGCCCAACCAAUCAUACUCUCAUUCCCGUCGCCUCUCUCACUCUCACUCUCAAUUCCAUCUCACAAAAUUCAACUUUCAACCCAAAAAAUCCCUAAAUCAAAGAAAACCCUAUAUCAGAAUCCCCAAAAUCGAAAUUCCGUCUCCCUUCUUCUCCCCGCGAUUUCUACUCCCGACGGGUUGCCGGAGCUUCGCCGGCAUUUUCCCCUCUGCGAAUUCUCCUUCCGGCGAGCUCCCUCUCAAAUUCCAAUCGGAACUCUCGAGUCGAAGUAGCGUCUGGAAAGGAACCCUAGAUCGAGGCGAACUCGGCGGCGCCUCUCCCUUUGCCGUCCGUAGGUCACCGCCGCCGCCAAGCUGGCUUUCCGUUUGAAACACCGCGGCCCGCUGCCGCUGCCUCUGGUCCCUUCGUUGCUGUUGCAUGCACGAUCGUGGAGGGGUCGAUGCGUACAUGCGACGUAAGAGUAGGACGCCUAAGUGCAUAAUAAAUGAGUUGAAGGAAUUGAAUAAGGAGAAUGUGACAUCCGAAUUGAUGAGCUGGCAAGGUGGUACGGGUGAGGUGGUUUAGAGUGAGGUGGCAUGCGUGAGAUGAGGGAGUAUAAAAGGAUGGGGCCACCAUCUUUUCAUGCACGUCAAUUGUGUGAUUGUUCGUUGGGCCAAGGAUCGUAGAUCCGAAGCAUUUCCUCUCGUUCAGUUGUUCCUUUCGUCAUUUCACUUUCCGUAGCUUGUAUUGUUCGUUUUAAUCAAUCCAUCAUUUUCGUUUCCCCCAUUACUUGUGUUGAUUUCUCGUGUUAUGUUGAAUCGGUGUUGAUUUUGGUUGUCGUUGUGGUGUUUUGAGCUAAGAUUGAGCUGAAAUCACAUCAAGUGGUAUCCAGAGCUCUCGAUCUCCGGACAUGAGUUCGGCGACGCGCGGUGCCGAGUCGGAGAGGAAGAUGUUGAUGGAGGCGAUGGAGAGGAGAAUGGGUGAGAUGAUUGAGCAGUUUGCGAAGAAGCAGGAAGGGAAAAUUGAAGGGAAAUUGGAGGGUAUUAUGAAAGCUAUUGCAACCAUCAGCCUGCAAAAUCAACAGUACAUGCAGAAUUCGGAAGUAGGUGAAGGUAGUGGGAAGAAGAAGGAAAUCGCGGUAGACCUGAAUGAUGUGAGAGAGGAUCUGGGAAGAUCAACUCGAUAUGAGUUUCCUAAGUUCGAUGGAGAGGGAUUUGAAGGCUGGGUUAUGCGAUCUGAAUUUUUCUUUGAGGUGGCAAAGGUGCCGUUCAAGGAUCGAGUAAGAGUGGCGGCGAUCCACUUCGAAGGGAAAGCCUUACAAUGGCAUCGGGGUUUUGCAAGCUUGCAAGGUGAAGCGGCUUAUGCCGAUUGGAAUUGCUAUAUUGCAGCGUUGGGAGCGAGAUUUGGCGCGCAUGCUUACGAAGAUCCACUAGCAGAUCUUAGGAAUUUGAAGCAGAAGGGUACUCUGCAAUUAUACAUGGAUCAGUUUGAUGAGAUCUACCCGCGAACGGGAAUUAGAGAGGAUCAGGCACUUAGUUUCUUCUUAUCUGGGCUGGUUGAUGAACUCCAAAUGCCGGUGAGAAUGUUCAGACCAAAGUGUUUGGCUGAGGCUUAUUCGUUGGCUAAAUUACAGGAGCUGACGGUGAGAGCUCUAGGAGGAAAGUCGAAAGCAAAUCAUAACGUAGGGCAGGGUGCAAGCAGCUACUAUUCUCAAUCCAAACCAUUGGUGGUAACAUCUACUAAUUACAAGCCUAGUGGAAAUGUUAAUGCGGGUGGCGGUCGGGAUAAUGGCAGAGCUGGCGGAGCUAGAAACCACCAUAACCUUACACCCGAGGAAAUGGAUGAGAAGAGGGCAAGAAAUGAGUGUUUCUGGUGUAAGGAGAGGUUCACACCGAAUCACCAUUGCACUAAGCGACGCUCUUAUGUUAUGCAAAUGCUGGGGGACGAGACCGAAGUGAAAGAAGAUGAGGAAGGGGAGCAGGUAGAGGAAGAAUCUGAAGAUGAACUUAAUCUGCAGUUAUCUCUACACGCAGUAUGGGGAAGAGAGGGUCCUCAAAUUAUGAGAAUGAAAGGAUUAUGUCAGAAAAAGGUGCUCAAAAUACUGAUUGAUACGGGGAGUACUCACAACUUCCUUAGUAGUCGAGUGGCUGGAAAAAUUAAGGGCCAAUUUGUGCAGGUUCCACCUAGAGCCGUGGAAGUAGCAAAUGGGCAAUUGCUGCAGUGUACUCAAAAGAGUAGCACCUUCCAGUGGGAAAUGCAGAGUUUCAAAUUCACCACUGAAGUUUAUGUAAUUCAGCUGGAAACUUACGAUCUUAUUUUGGGUGGCCAAUGGUUAUCUACCUUGGGAGAAAUUAAAUGGGACUUUAGUAAGCUCAGUAUGGUGUUUCUGUUGAAUGGGGAAGAGGUUAAGUUGCUAGGAGAGGAUUGGCCUGUUAAGAGUGAGCAGCUGCAUCAGUUGCAUGUGUGUAAGCAAAAUGAUACAGAUGAUCAUGAGCAUAAGAUGAGUUUGUUGAUGCCUACUGCGGAAGGAGAGUUUGGAAGUUGCUAUGGACUUCAUUGAGGCUCUUCCAAAUUCUCAAGGAAGAAAUGCUAUAAUGGUGGUGGUGGAUAGGUUGAGCAAAUAUGCUCAUUUCAUGGCGUUGUCUCACCCUUUCACAGCCAAACAAGUAGCUGAUGUAUUCUUGAACUCUGUCUUCAAAUUACAUGGUAUGCCAGUUAAAAUAGUCAGUGAUCGCGGAGCUAUCUUUGUGGGGGUUUUCUGGAAGGAAUUCUUUGGAUUGCUAGGUGUGGAGCUGUUAUAUUCUACAGCCUAUCACCCUGAAACCGAUGGGCAAUCAGAGGUGGUGAACCGUUGUUUGCAGAGCUAUCUAAGGUGCUCGGUAGGGGAGAAACCUCAUUCGUGGGCACAUUGGCUAGGCCUUGCAGAGUAUUGGUAUAAUACUUCAUUUCAUACCAGUAUUAAGAUGACACCCUUUGAGGCAUUGUAUGGGUAUGCUCCUCCUCUUCAUGUCCCUUAUCUACCAGGAGAUUCUCAAGUUGAGGCAGUGGACAUUGCAUUGAGGGAUAGAGAGGAAAUGAUUCAAAUCUUGAAGCAAAACUUGGAGAAAUCUGCAGCAAGGAUGAGGAAGCAAGCCGAUAAGCACAGGGAGGAUAAAGAAUAUUCUAUUGGAGAUUGGGUAUGGUUAAGGCUGCAGGCUUACAGGCAGAAAUCCAUACGAGGACACCAUCAAAAGUUUGAGCCUAAAUACUAUGGGCCAUAUCAGAUUCAAGACCGGAUUGGAAAAGUGGCGUAUAAACUGAGAUUGCCUACUACUGCUGCGAUACAUGAUGUCUUCCAUGUGUCCUUACUGAAGGCCGCAUCACCUCCUAACGGUCCAGUACCAGAUCUUCCUGUUAUAUCCCAUAUUAAUGAUGCCAUUCCUCAGGCAAUACUCGAGCGGAAGAUGAUCAAACGACGUAACCAAGCUGUUACCCAAUGGCUGAUUCAUUGGGUGGGACAAUCUCCGGCCGAUGCUUCAUGGGAGUUUGCCGACGUGAUUAAAGAACGUUUUCCUUGGUUCCUUGAGGACAAGGAACCUUAAGGAGAGGGUAAUGUUGCAUGCACGAUCGUGGAGGGGUCGAUGCGUACAUGCGACGUAAGAGUAGGACGCCUAAGUGCAUAAUAAAUGAGUUGAAGGAAUUGAAUAAGGAGAAUGUGACAUCCGAAUUGAUGAGCUGGCAAGGUGGUACGGGUGAGGUGGUUUAGAGUGAGGUGGCAUGCGUGAGAUGAGGGAGUAUAAAAGGAUGGGGCCACCAUCUUUUCAUGCACGUCAAUUGUGUGAUUGUUCGUUGGGCCAAGGAUCGUAGAUCCGAAGCAUUUCCUCUCGUUCAGUUGUUCCUUUCGUCAUUUCACUUUCCGUAGCUUGUAUUGUUCGUUUUAAUCAAUCCAUCAUUUUCGUUUCCCCCAUUACUUGUGUUGAUUUCUCGUGUUAUGUUGAAUCGGUGUUGAUUUUGGUUGUCGUUGCUGGUGUCCCACCGUAGGGCAAGGAGAGGAAGCUUCGUUUCUCUCUCUCUGCACCCACAGCUUCGCUCCGCCCGCACCGCUGGCCCUCCGUCGAGCUGCGAUUCCGCUCGCUGCAAUCCCAGUCGGCGUCGCCUGGAUGCGCCGCCAAGGCAGCCACCGUCCACCAAAGCUAAGCCUCUGAACUCUCAUUAUCUAGCCCGCAUCUAUCCCGUUGAUUAGGUGUACAACGGGUGAAGCUUGGUAUUUGGGAUUAUAGCUAUUCACAAAACAUGGAAAGCAAAGCCUGAGGACAAGCUAUGAUUUUUCGUUCUGUUUGGGGGGUUGCUCUUGCUUGGUGGCUUAUAUCCUAAUUUAAGAUACAUAGUACUGUUGUUGCCUACAAAUUAUCAUGUUGCCUGUUGUUAUGUGUUGAGAAAAUGGUUGUGUGUGUGUUCACAUGGAUGAAAGGAAUGAUAAGGAGAGUUGUGAUGAUUUACAUGUUGUGGUGAAGGGCUAAAAGGAAGGAAAGUGUUCUACCGUUCUUGCUUGCUCACUGCCCUUUUCCCUAUUGUUUAUUUAAAGUUAUUGAUGAAGUGAAAAACAUAAUCAUUUUUUAUGUAAUUGUAAAAAUAGUGAUGAUAAUAAUAAUCUCUGGUUUUAAAUUAAUUAAUCCAAUCAAAUAUAUGUCUAAAUUAAACCUAUGAUGCAUUGCUUGAUUGAUUUGCUUAUUAUGUUAUAGGCAAUAGUUGAGGUCAAUUAAAUAACUAAAUCUGACUAGAUGAAAAAUCGAACAUUUUUUAACUAAGAGGGAGUAUUGGAGCUUGAUAAAGGGCUGUUGGAAAUAGAUGCAAGAGUGGUCAAGCUUGAGGAAGAGCCUCUGGAAAUAGAGGAACACAUUGUUGGUGCGAAGAUGAAGUUAACCAAGGAUUCUAGUGCGGAUGAGAAUGCAAUAAGGAGCUUCUAAGAGAAAACCUAAGUGAUAGAUAAAUUGUAUAGUCAUUUAGAACCUUUUUUGUACCUUUUUAUUUAAUAUUAUAUACGAUUACAUGAAAACUAUUACAUAAGUUAUUUAUAUAAAAAUAUGUUUUGUAUUUGAA